AUGGCCUCCCACUCCAGGGAGCCAAGGCUCCUGCCCUGUGGGUCCUGUGACAUGGUUUUCCGCUCCUGGGCCCUGCUGGCCACCCACACUCAGCGCUUCUGCAUUGGCCGUCAGACCCGGGAGGUGGCAGUUGGAGCACAGCCCCCAGUAGCCACUGAACCACGGGUACCCGGGGUUGUGCCACAAGAACACCACGGCCUCCGGGAUCAGGAGGCCAGCAAAUCAGCUCUGAAGAGGCUAACGGAGGAGGUGCAGCGGCUGCGGCUCUAUCUGCAGGAAAUGAGACCCUGGGUAACAGAAAUCCCCAGGGGGCCACAGGGGCCCCGGAGGCGUUCAGAGGCGACGGCUCAGAGGGCCCACUCCAAGGCUGCUGGCAGCCUGGGCGAGCGGCUGCUGGCGCUGCACUGGACUCACGCAAGGCGCGUGGCAGAGACCGCGGCACAGAGCUGGGCCCUAGAGCAACGCGGCGAGGAACUGAGCCGGCGCCUCCAAGGUUUGGCCCGGACCGGGAACGGGAAAUCACUCAUAUUCAGCCUGGAGCGAGAGCUUCGAGAACUCCGGGCAGAGACAGGGCGAACGCGGGGGGCUCUGGAGAAGUUAGGGGCGCACGUUCAGCAGCUCCAGGCCAACCCGGUCGGUCCCGGCGCCGCCGGUCCCGACUCUAGCACCCGGCUGAACACCGUGAGAGAAGCAGAACUCUGUGGUCCGGUGCUACAGGCCACCCCAGGGACUCUGCCUGCGGAGAUCGGGGCCCUGCGUGAGGCCUACAUUCGAGGCGGAGGCCGGGACCCUGGCGUUCUGGGCUGGAUGUGGCAGCUGCAAGCGGAGGCAUCAGCUCUGGAGCUUCGGCGGUCGCGGACCCGCAGGGGAGGACGAACAGGUGCUGCAUUCAAGGAGCUUCUAGCAGUGGAGGCUGAAAACCGGCGCCUGGAGGCAGAAAUCCUGGCUUUGCAGAUGCAGAGGGGCGCAGGCCAGAUGCCCUGGGGGCGCGGGGAGCCGAGACUUGGGGCCAAUCCGAGCCCACGCCUGAGGAGGGAAGAUCCCCCAAGCCUCCCGCCUCCCGUGGCUCCCCCGCUGCCACCCUCCACCGGAGUCCUGUUCUUGGGUGGCGCUGAGAAGGCUUCGCAGCUUCCUGGAGCCAUGACCAGGAACCUGGCCAGGGACCCGCACUACCUCCUGCCUGCAACUGACAUUCUGGGCCCUGCACCCUACAACCCUGGGGCUGGCUUUGUCAUUUUCUAUGACUUCCUGCGGGGCCUUGAGGCUUCUUGGGUUUGGGUGCAACUGAUGACUGGUUUGGCCAGAGAUGGACAGGAAUCAGGAGGGACCACAGCGCUACCCCCAGCCCUUUGCCUGCCCCCACCUCCAGCUCCUGGGCCCACCGGCAACUGUGCCAUCCUUGCCAGCAAGCAGCUUGUACCCAGGCUACUACCCUCACCAUCACUAGCCUUGGUCUGUGAGCUCCGGGCCUGGCAGGGGCUAGCAUGGGCUAAGGCACCACAGCCAAAGGCCUGGGCCUCACUAGUGCUAUUUGACCAGAAUCAGAGAUUGCUAAGUGGUCGUUGGCGUCUCCCACUUCGGGCCCUCCCCCUGGACCCCAGCCUUAGCCCUGGGCAGCUGAACAGGAUUCCCCAGGUUAAUCAGGCUGAGCUCUUUGUGCGACUGGUGAAUGCAAGAGAUGCAGAUGUCCAGACCCUGGCAGAGAUCAAUCCAGCAAAUGCCCAGGAGUACCAGUACCCACCUCUGGUACCCAACUCAUCUUCACCAGAAGCCAGCCCCCUCGCCCCAAAAACUGCCUUUGUUGACCCCCCUCCUCCCGAAGAUGCCUGAACCAGCAGACUCAGGCACAAAGAGGGUCCUCUCCCCACAGCUUGGACCCACCCCCACUGGCUCUGAGUCCAAAAGAAUGGGGAUAUGAGUAGCUUUAAUGUGCACAAGACUGGGGCCUACACUGAGGCCUCUUCUGCGAUCUGCAACUUUACUAACUCCAUGUUCUGACAAGAGUACGGAAACAUACAGAUGUGAGCACAUAACAUGAGCUCCAAUCCCAGCUCUAACUUCCACAAGCACUUGGCCUUUCUUUACCUAUUAUCCUUUUGUUUAAAAAAAAAAAAA